AUGUAUGAAAUAAUGGAACUGUCUAAUACUGGCAACAAGAUUAUUGACCAUAACAAAGCUUAUGAAGAUCAAAAAAAUAUUUUGCCUCAUGAAGAAUGUUGUAAUGAUGUUCAGGAAAGUAUUUCGUCUUGUGCAGGAAUAGUCAAAAGAAGACCACUUGAGAUGCUUUCAAUACCUGAUGAUGUUUUUAGGCAGGUGCAGGAAUUAUGUGUUGAAAUGAUAUUUGAAAAUUAG